GGGGGAUCUAGGCGCGGGGACCCGUGGGCGGCGGCGACCGAGUAGUAGCGGCGGCGGCGGGUGCGGGCGGACGGCAGCGCGGCGGCCAGGUGUCGGGGCCGGCGGAGCCAUGGGCGAGAGGGAGAGGAAGAUGUUGGAGCUGAGGCACCGGGCGGGAGGCGGCCUCGGCCCGGGGGCGGCGGCCCGCGAAGGAGACGGCGCUGGCGGCGACCACGAAGCGGAGAGCACCAGCGACAAGGAAACUGAUAUUGAUGAUAAAUAUGGAGAUUUGGAUUCCAGAACUGAUUCUGACAUCCCAGAAGUUCCACCAUCCUCAGACAGAACCCCUGAAGUGCUUAAAAAAGCUCUAUCUGGCUUAUCUGCAAGGUGGAAAAAUUGGUGGAUUCGUGGAAUUCUUACUCUGACUAUGAUUUCAUUAUUUUUCCUGAUCAUCUACAUGGGAUCAUUUAUGUUGAUGCUUCUUGUGUUGGGCAUCCAAGUAAAAUGCUUCCAUGAAAUUAUUACCAUAGGAUAUAGAGUCUAUCGUUCUUAUGAGCUACCAUGGUUUAGAACACUAAGCUGGUAUUUUUUACUGUGUGUGAACUACUUUUUCUAUGGAGAGACUGUAGCAGAUUAUUUUGCUACAUUUGUUCAAAGAGAAGAGCAACUUCAGUUCCUUAUUCGCUACCAUCGAUUUAUAUCAUUUGCACUAUAUCUGGCAGGUUUCUGCAUGUUUGUACUCAGCUUAGUGAAGAAACAUUAUCGUCUUCAGUUUUACAUGUUCGCAUGGACUCAUGUCACUUUGCUGAUAACUGUAACUCAGUCUCAUCUUGUCAUCCAAAAUCUGUUCGAAGGCAUGAUAUGGUUUCUUGUUCCAAUCUCAAGUGUUAUCUGCAAUGAUAUUACAGCUUACCUUUUUGGAUUCUUCUUUGGGAGAACUCCUUUAAUUAAGCUAUCUCCUAAAAAGACUUGGGAAGGAUUCAUUGGAGGAUUCUUUUCUACAGUUGUUUUUGGAUUCAUUGCUGCCUACUUUUUAGCAAAGUACCAAUACUUUGUUUGUCCGGUAGAGUACAGAAGUGAAGUCAAUUCCUUUGUCACUGAGUGUGAACCUUCAGAACUUUUCCAGCUUCAGACUUACUCUGUUCCUCCCUUAUUGAGGGGAGUGUUGAGAUGGGAUAAAGUCAGUUUAUAUCCAUUCCAGAUACACAGCAUUGCACUUUCAACGUUUGCAUCUUUAAUUGGUCCAUUUGGAGGUUUCUUUGCUAGUGGAUUCAAAAGGGCUUUUAAAAUUAAGGAUUUUGCAAACACCAUUCCUGGACAUGGAGGAAUAAUGGAUAGAUUUGAUUGUCAGUAUUUGAUGGCAACUUUUGUGCACGUGUAUAUCACCAGUUUCAUCAGGGGUCCAAAUCCCAGCAAAGUACUGCAGCAGCUGUUAGUGCUUCAGCCAGAGCAACAGUUGAACAUCUAUAAAACCCUGAAAUCUCAUCUCAUUGAGAAAGGACUCCUCCAGCCAUCUCUGAAGUUAUAGCUGGACCCAAGAGGAACUUUAAGCAAUUCUAUAGAAAAGCACUGAUAUAUAUUUUGCACCUGUCUAGAAAAAAUGAUUUAAUAUGCAGUAAAUUGAGGUUUUUAAAGACAUGAAUGUUACUUCUCUAAAUUACUGUGAAUAUUUAAUAAACAUUUGAUCCAAGUAUGAAAUAUGUAACAGAUUGCCUGCAAAAUAUCCUAUAUUUUUUCUAGUGUAUCUCAUGAUAUUGACAAGAUAUCCCACUCCUUACUGGCAGGGUUUCAAAACAGAAGAACUCAGUCUCAAAUGUAUAAAGUAAGGAAAUGUUAGCUGUCCUUUGCCCAGGUAUUUGCUCAUACAGUUCAAAAUAGCCCUUUUCUUUAAAGGUUUUAUAGUACAGUAGAAAAUCAGUUUGACCAAUAGAUUCUUGUGUUUUAUUCUAAAAUAUUUUCUCUAGGAUAACUGUGUUACUAAGGCAUGAAUAUACUUAGUAUAACUGAAGAGAAUAAAAUCAUUUGUCAGGCAAAAAGGUAUUUUUUUAAGAUGAGGGUAAAAUAAAGAAGCUAAUAUAUGUCUUAUCAGACAAUUGGCCAGCAUUUAACUCUUUCUAUUAAAUUGUGAGUAAUGCUCUAGUAGAAUCAGUGAGACUCAAGGAAAAUGGGAGGAGCAUUCUAUUUCUGCCCUAGGUACCUGCUGUCACAAACACUCCUUUGGGGAAUUGGAUUCUUAUCCAUGGUCACAGUCCAAAACAAAAGACUACAGUUUAGUUAACACACAUAUGGCAGAAUAUUUGCUGCCCUUUUCAUUUUCCCUUCCCCGGCUGUGUUGGCCUUAUCAGAGAGAUUGACUCCAUGCUAUGGCACCAGGGGGUGGCUUCUGCACCAUUGUAUCAUGAUCCAUAUUUAAAGUCAUGAGUAAGUCAAUAGGCUUGAGGAAGAAGACUUCCGACCCAGAACAGAAAGCCCAGGAAGGCCAAGCCUUAGCUUUGCUGUACUGGAAACCUGAACCUGAUUACUUUUCUCAUAAAUGGAUCUGAACAAACAACUGAUGCUGUAAAAGCUCUCACUCUAUUUAUUUCAUUUACUGGUUGGAGCUAACAAUACUUCAAGAAAGUUAGUGUGCUUGGAUAAAACUAUGUUGGGAAUAACAGAUGUGUUUGUAAAGAUCAUUGCACUAAUAAAAACAGCAAAUAUUUUUGUUGAUGUCCAUUAAAUUCCAAUCACUUUUGAACAUGUAAAGUGAGAAGUUGCAUUUAUCCUUGGGCACUAUGUAAGUAUUCUAUAAAUAGCCUCGUCAUAUGUUCUCUGUUUCCAAGAGAGAAAUGGUUGAAUGAAGAGCUAAGAAUUACACUCUUAGUCCUACAUUCAUCUGGUUAUUAUUGAAAUGAGUACAAUCAGCAAUAUUUCAUUGUGCUUUUCCGUAAAAAUCUAGAAAUGGCAUUGGAAAAUUCUUUGAUAGGAAGACAAGUUUCAGAAUCAGGCUACUUGCCAUUUUUCUGGUUUUUUUCUCUCUCUGUCUUAUCAAUCACUAAUAAAAACACUUUGUAUAUAUGUAACCAUGCAUAUAUGGUAGCUUUGUAAAUUAAGCCUAUAUAUAUAUAUAUAUGUAUAUAUGUAUGUAUGAAAGUGUGUAUAUGUUUAUCAGGAAGCUUAUGUAUGUUUUUAAUUGGUUGUUACAUACAUACACAUGUGCAUAUAUAUAGAAAAAUCUAAAUUUGAAUUAGUUUGGGAAAAAUAUAAAUGAGAAGUCAUUAAAUAAUUUAGAUGUUAUGAAAUGAUUAAAAGAGUAAAGUAGCUAUCUUUCAAACACUGAAAUGUAUUAUAAAAAUAUAAAGUUAUGAUGACCUUUUAGAGUUAUAGUUAUGACUUCAAUUUGGGUAUAUAUUCUAUAUGUAAAAACAGUCUUAAUUUUUAUUUUAACAGAGCUAUAAAGAUUUCACUUUUUUAGAGUAAUUUUAUAGCAUGUAUCUUAAAAUAGAGUCUAUUUUAACAAAUGCAACCUAUCCAAGUGGAUCAUUUUUAUAUUUACACUGUGAAGAAAUAAAUAUUUCAAGAUAGUAAUUGUGAUGGUAAGAACAAAGGCAGGAUCUUCCUUUUCAGCCAUAAUAAUGGUCAAUUAUUCUGAAUUUACUUUUUUUAAAAAUUGUUCUAAUUAUUGUUUUCUGCUUUUACAUUUUUUGGUUUAUAUUUUAACCUGUGGAAGGCAGGAAACUUAUUUCCUCUUAGUGAUUUCCUCCCCUUGGUUCAUAAGUAUGUCUUUGCUAGAUCUGCUUUUCCAUUGGUGGCUUCUCUUCAUUUGCAUUUGAUUUUUACAAGGAUGUCCUACCUUGUUCAACAGAAGAUGUAGAAACAAUGUAGAUAGCGUGUAAAGGUGCCAGCUUAUUAUGUGUGCUCUGAUUGGUUGCCUAAAUCUUCUAAAGCUGGGUUGAGGAAGAAAUAAAACUUAAAACUGCAUUAGAAACUCGUGUAGUUUUCUCCUUAUAGUUGGAUAGAAAUGUCCUUAAUGUUUCUGCACUACUAAAAAUUAUUUCACUUUGCAAAUCUUAUUCAAGUGUCUGAUGAGGGACUUGGGGGAGCAGAAGUUAAUCACAUUUCAGUAAUCACUUGAAGGUACACAGAAAUCGGAUAUCCCAAAUUACAGGGAACUAUGUCAUUCUACUUUAGACAUUUGGGCAGAAAAUAUGAGCAGUUUCCAAAGUUAGAUGUAGAUACUCUCAACCACCUGAAAAAAGCUUCGAAAGUCAAACAGGAUUUUACAGUUAUUCCUGGAGGUGACAGCGAACCACUGGACUUGGUUGAAUGGAUAGGAUGAGGG